AUGGCAGGAAAGAUCGAUGUCAACAAUAAGGUUUAUAAGCUGGCCGCUAUGCCGUUCAUUUUGGAACGCAAGGGUGACUACGAUGAAGCCAUCGCUAUCUACAAGAGCGCUAUAACUAUCUUAGACGGAGCAAUUAAAGUAUACAAGAAAGGAGAUGUCCCCAAAAUCAACAGAAAAAUGUUCGAGAGACAGGUCCAAGUUCAUCGAGAACGUCUGGCCUAUCUUGAAGACCUAAAGCGCAAAGGCAGUUUCGAUGGUAUAAUAUUACCUCCGACGAUUUUGGAUGCGAUGGAAGAGGUGGAAAAAGAGGACGGGCAGAACUGGUCACUGACCCAGAUCCGCCGGGAUCUUAAUACUUUCCGAGGAGAUGAUCCCAGUCAACCACCAAAGGAUAUCAGCACAGCUCCAGCCCACAUCCAGCCAUUCCUCAAUACCGACAGCUCGCAACGCCCUUUCUUCUCGCUGACGCUUUCUCCCUCUGCGCCCACAGUCACCUAUCGGAUUUCGCAUUCCUCGGAGCUUGUGCACUUGGGUAUGCGUUCAUAUUGGUUUUUCGUCAAAGACGAGACAAAUACACACGUCCUUUACGCCCUCCAAUUCGUCUGGAGCAACGAGGUACCCAUCGUCGAGACGGUCCUCCGACGUGCUGGAGAAUUCUUACCCCAAAUCGGGGCGACGAGUGUUAAAGUGCAGAAGAUGAAAGGAGGCACUUUCCGGCUGAUUACACGGACAAUCCCGGACAUGGGCGCAAUCACCGAGAUUCCGGAUGGAGAGAUGCAGAGAAAGGAUUGGUCGCCGCGACGAUUUGAGUAUGGAGGGCGCAAUUUCGUCUGGAAGAGUGCAGCGGCAGAGGGUAAAAAGGAGAGUGGGAUGUUUAGGAGCUUUGGCAUCCCUUGGGAGACUUUGUAUGAGACUAAGCGUGUGUGGGCUAAGAGCGGAAGCAGGACUGGCAAGAUGGAAGAUGAAAUUGUUGGUUCCAGGCUGUGCUGGGGAGAGAAGAAGGGGGCUCCUGGCGCUGAUCACAGCAUCCACAUGGUCGGUGGCUUGGAUACUUAUUUUAGGGAGCACUUGCUCGCGGUCCAGUUGUCGAGAUUGGCUCGCGCUAGCUAUCCCCCGCAGAAGGAUACCAAGGGUAUCGAGGUAGCAACGGCUAGUCUGGGUUGGCUUGCCCUUGCUGCGGAUUUGGCAUGA